GCGGGCCGGGCGGGCCGGGCGCGGCGGGCGGGGCGUGCGGGCAGAGCGGCGGCGGCCGAGCGGGGAGCAUGCUCCUGUCCCUGGUGCUCCACUCGUACUCGAUGCGCUACCUGGUCCCGGGGGUCGUGCUGCUGGGCUCGGCGCCCACCUACGUGCUGGCAUGGGGCGCCUGGCGCCUGCUGUCGGCGCUGCUCCCGGACCGCCUCUACCAGCUGGUGGACGACCGCCUCUACUGCGUCUACCAGAGCAUGGUGCUCUUCUUCUUCGAGAACUACACGGGCGUGCAGAUAAUGCUAUAUGGAGAUUUGCCAAAAAAUAAAGAAAAUGUAAUAUAUUUAUCAAAUCAUCAAAGCACAGUGGACUGGAUUGUUGCAGAUAUUUUGGCCAUCAGGCAGAAUGCUCUUGGACAUGUGCGCUAUGUGCUGAAAGACCAGCUAAAAUGGCUGCCGCUGUACGGAUGUUACUUUUCUAGGCACGGAGGAAUCUAUGUAAAGCGAAGUGCCAAAUUUAAUGAAAAAGAGAUGAGAAACAAGCUACAGAGCUACGUGAAAGCAAGAACACCAAUGUACCUUGUGAUUUUUCCAGAGGGAACAAGAUUCUUCCCUGGACAAACAAAACUCCUGUCUGCUAGUCAGGCAUUUGCUGCUCAGCAGGGCCUUCCAGUAUUAAAAUACGUGCUGACACCAAGAAUAAAGGCAACAUACGUUGCUUUUGAUUCUCUGAAGAGUUACCUAGAUGCCAUCUAUGACAUCACAGUGGUUUAUGAAGGGAAGAGUCAGAACUGGCAAGUGAGGGAGCCCCUGACCAUGACAGAAUUUCUCUGUAAAGAAUGUCCAAAAAUUCAUAUUCACUUUGAUCGUAUUGACAAAAAAGAUGUUCCAGAAGAACAAGCACAUAUGAGAAGAUGGCUUCAUGAACGUUUUGAGAUCAAAGACAAGUUGCUUAUAGAAUUCUAUGAUUCACCAGAUCCAGCAAGAAGAUACAAAUUUCCUGGGAAAAGUGUCCACUCCAAACUAAGUCUCAAGAAGACUUUGCCCUCCGUGCUGCUCCUAGGCGGGUUGACCGCUGGCUUGCUCACGACGGAGGCUGGGAGGAAACUGUAUGUGAACACGUGGAUCUUUGGGACCGUGCUCGGCUGCCUGUGGGUGGCAGUUAAGCCAUAGACAUCGUAGACCACGGUUGUCCCCCGCACAGGGCUGGCAGCCUUGUCUGCUAGUGAAGGCUACACAGUACAUCAAAUUGUUUCCUGAAUUAAAUGAGAAGUGUAAAUAAAGCCUUGUUGACUGAACAAGUAAAAGUAAAAUGGACUCUGUGACUGAAGCUGAUACGAAAUUGAUCUUGGGCAGACGUGUUUUUCCAGCUUUCGCACUGGAGCUGAGGAGAUGGGAAAGCUGAGUGGAGUUGAUACUAUUCUUUACAUUCUCAUGAACUAAUGUCAGCGUGUAAAGAUGGCUAGGAUUAUGUAUUUUCCUGUUGUGUAAUUCAGAUGGCCGUUUCUUGUAACAUUCAUUGGAGUGUAUCUCACCAUACUUGUUACUUUACUUUUUUUCCAACUUGUCAGUUCUAAUCUGUCAUCACUAAAGUUUUCAGAAUCUUGCAGCUUUGUGUUUAAUUUUUCAAGUCAAUGACAAGUUGUAUUUACCUAUUGAGCUAUGCAUAGGAAAGGGCAGGAGCGUCACAGAACAGCUCUGUGCAUGUUCUUCCGUAGUGCGAUAUUUAGCUGAUUUUACUGUUUGCAAAAUAAUGAACCUUUCUAAUACUGAGAUUGCUAAUGUGCAUACCCACUCUACAAAAGAAUAAUGUAUGACGUGACAGAAUGAAGUUUAAAAUUGUGACUGAUUCAUUGUAGAACUUGAAGUUGCCUAGCCAUUGAAGAUUGAAGCUACACUCCCAGCACCAGUGCCACAAAUAGUUAAAAGCAUCAAGGUUUCCUGUUGUUUUCUAUAUCCAACUCGCCAGUGUGAGCCUUCCCGGGGCUUGGAGUCUCCAGCCCUAGGUGCUGGCUGGGAGCCUGGAGCUGUCUUAGCCCGUGCCUUUGGCUGUUCCCCUUGGAUUGAGCAGAACGUUUGAUCUGAGAAUCACUGUUGUGCUGUUGCGGCUGUCUAGUGUGUGAAGCCUUUUCCUUUGGGUACACACACACCGGUGGAGAGCCGGCAUUGUUGCCUGGCUCCAAGCGGAGCCCCUCCCGUCCCCUGUGGCUGCCGCAGAGGCAUCUGAAUGUGCUUCAAGCCAGGCAAGUACACACGUGGGUUUAUCUGUGUGCCACGAGUGUUCAUGGAGCCACACAGCCAGUCUGUGUCACCUGCGUGCAGGAAAGGAUCCGCACACGCACACACACACACACACAGACCCACACACUGAAGGAGGACUUUCUAAAGUGCGAUCCACGCCGUCUUUAGGUUAAAGUGGACGCACCACUGCUAGUCCUUUAAGGUGACACUUCUGUCUGCCGCCUAAGGACUUGGGUUGCAGAAUUCCACCAGGGAAACACCAGUUGCCUUGUGAUUUUAAGAAUGGAGAGAAAUUUUGUAUGUCACAUGGCUUUUCCAAAAUCAGAAAAUAAGCCAUCUGAGCAAGAAGUGUGAUGUGACUUGGUUUCCGUCCAUUAGUAAGGGAUGUGUGUGCACAGCCCUCAUGAAGGUGACACACACAGAGCAAGCACAGCCUCUUUGCACAGGGUUCCCACACCCGGCCGUAACUUAGGAUAUCUACGAAGUGACAUCUGUUGAGUACAUUUGCCCGCAGCCCCAAGCUCAUUCCUGACUCCAUCCAAACGAACGUCCAUGGUGGAGUUGGCGCGUCGCGGCCCUGCUCCCCCUUGGGACUUGGAGCAGUGGGUGCUUUAGCAAGGUGGCGCGGGCUGCAGGAGCUGCGGAGCACGCUGGCCUUCCGCAGAAGGUGUGUGCCACGUGGGAAUUGAAAAAAAUGUGUCCGAAUGAAAAAUUACAAGUUUCUCCUAAACGUGUUGAUUCUCUGAAAUUAAAAAAUCCUAUGCCCACUGUAAACCCUUUCAUGUAAUGUCAUUGGAGCUACUGUCUGCAUUAUUGUUGUUGAUUUACAGCUUACUCGUUUUUUAUAUAUAU